GCGGAUUCGGAUGCCAGCACAGGCAGGCGCUUGGUAUAGUUGGAUAGCCGCAGCACUGCUUCUGGGGUCGGAGAUCUUGUUAAAAGGGGCGCUUUCGUGUCCGUUGAACUGAGACAUCGCUUCCCUCUUUCUUGCGUCUCACACUUCUAGAGAUACCAACCAAACUGGACAGUAUACAGGCUACAGGUCAUGGAAAUAAUAUCUGCCUUAACCGUGUAUACGGAGGGUAACACGUACCACUCCCUCAACUUCAAGGACCAAGAGGGGAACUGGUACAAUAAAACUAGCAAUGAGAUGGUAAAGUUCACACCCGAUAUUGCUGGGGAUAGAGUGGAUAGGACGAAGCUCUGCCCAGAGUACAAGGGCUACAAGAUGGCCAGUGGCUCGGUUGAAGGAAAGCACGUCAAGACCCCGAUUUCAGACUACUACGCGCUGGAUAACUCAUACGUAGUCACCAUGCGAAACGAGAUUGAGGCCUACGAGAAGCUGGGGAGUGGACAUCCGAAUAUCUGCAAGUACCAUGGCUGCCAGGUCGAGGAUAACCUGGUCACAGGGAUCGUUCUCGAUGAGUACAGCGAGCCGCUAGAAGACGCUGUGAUAGACAGCCCACAGCGGCUUGUUGAACAGCUCGAGGAUGCUGUGAGAUACAUUCACUCGGUUGGAGUUGUCCAUGGGGAUAUCAACCCAAAGAACAUCAUGGUCCACGAUGGGAACCUCUUUCUGAUUGACUUUGACAGCUGUGGGGCUGAUAAUCCAAAGUGUGGAAGCGAGGGCUAUAUGAGUCCAAACUACGCGAAGACUGAGGCCGACGACUGGUAUGCAGUGGGGAAAGUCAAGGAGUUCGUCAUGAAGAGCGCCCGUAGUAACGAUGAACCGAGGGGCGACCGGCCCCAGCAGGGCACAGCCGAAUCGGCAGCGUAGUAGUGAUGUACCAGAGAGUACCAGGCCUCAAAGUUCAUCGGCGGCGCAAGCAGCAUCGGGGCGUAUUGGCUCAAGGCAGUUUCUUUUAUUCGGGGCUUUUUCCUCAGGCUCCGCUUUUUCUUUUGUUGCCAAUUUUCUGUUAAAUCAGGUUCGACUAUUUUUCACAAUGGGCUCGUCGUGGUAUGAGUACGCACAGAAUUUCGAUGUAUUCGAGGGCUCAGGGGC